AUGACUGAUUUUCUGACUGCGGUAUCGACUAAGAAUGUCAAAGCGCCAGAGCCUCAACUACAUGAGAUCAAAAGUCUCAGCAUACAAGACGCAGUCCAUAUCGACUCAGCAAAUUCAGCCCUCGAAGCUCUGAAAAGCCAACCAAGCCAGGAGACUGUCACGAAUGCGCUGAAAUACAUGACGUCUGAUGGCUUCAGUCUCCUACUCCCGGAGCCGCUCAACGCAAGCAUCGCACAUCAGCUCGUCAGCGACACUCUGCCAAAUUAUUGGCGGCCCUUGAGGAAGUCUCCAUUGGCGAAAUCGUUUGCUAGAAUCUUACGGAAUCCCACUGGUUUAGGCCACAUCAUCACACGUCUGCGGUCUCUCGUUGCUGAUAGUAGACAAAAGAGGUCUGCUGGAGAAGCACAGAACCAAGCAGAGAACAUUGAAGACCUGCUUGGCGUGUUGGAAGUAACACUUCAUGCCGAUGACACAUCAAGCUUGGUUCUCCGCGACACUGAAGCUCAUGGCAGGACCGAAACCAAGAAGAAGCUGAUAUGGCGCGAGUAUCUCUCCCAGACUGCUUCCGGUCGCAUCAUAUCAAUAACCGCGGAAGCUGAAGAUGUGCUUAAAAGCAAGGGUACUUCACGGAUAGCUAGUUGGCUUGCUGAUGGCAACGCAUAUGCAGACUGGCUCGGGCGUAACAUUGCUUUUAUGCUCAGGGAAGCUCUUACCUUGGGCUACACAGAUCGCGUGAUCUCUUCACUCACAUCAUCGCUACUCGAAUCAGACUCCGCAGCGCUUUUGGCAGCCUUUCUGCCGCGAUUGAAACCCUACGAGCAACGGAAGUAUCUCGAAGCGGUGAUAAUCUUCAUUGUAAAGCAAUACUUCCCUGCAGAUAUCGUCCAACGUGAAGACGAACCCAUUCCGAUGUCCAAGGAUGUUUCUGGUGUGGCAUCCCUGCUGCAUAUGUUGACUAGAGAAAAUGAGAGUCUGAGGGAUCAUCUUGUGUCGAUACUCACUCGUUCUACGAUACCAUCGCUGGAUGACUCGUUAGCUGCACGCAGGAGUGUCAUGGCGGCACUGGCGCCUGACAAAGACAGGCUGCAUACGUUACUCGAGAAUUGCAUAAAGAUGUUCGGUGAUCCUGUCUUCAUCAAGCACGUACCAGUGCUACAACAAGAAGGCUAUGUUCAACGAGAUCAACCAAUGUUCCUCACUAUGAUGGCCAAAUCAUCGUACCAUAUCAAUGGCAUGUCAAAUCGCAUCAGUGCGACAUCGGCACGCACACGGUUCCUUGGUAUAGCAACCGGCAUCGCCAUCUCAAAGAUGACAGACAAGCCAGAGCUGCAGCUCAGAUUUGAGUUGGAAGAUGCAGAUGCAAACGAGGCAAAAUGGUAUGAGCGCCUAACGAACGUCAACGAUAUUUUGGGCAGCAUAUCGGAUCUCAAGACCGCUACCAGGGGCGGAGCAGUAGUUGAGCCGUCCAAGAAGAAGGCCAGGAAGCCUGAAGGCAUCUCGAAGCCAUCCAUUACCGAGAUACAGGGACCUCGUAUUGUUGAGGUACUGUCUGGUUCAGAAGACGAGGACGACGAUUUGAUGGUAUACGAGAAGCCAGACUCUGACCCAGAGGACGAGGAUGAUGAUCCAACUGUGGUAACUCGUAAUAAGCCCACAGCACCAGUCUACAUUCGCGACCUUAUAGCCGGUUUGCGCGACCAAGAGAAUUACGAUCGACACACUCUUGCGCUAUCUACAGCGGCGUCUCUGAUUCGACGCAAAGCGGCCUUUGGCACAGAAGUCACUGAUCAUCUUGAUGAGCUCGCGACCAUACUCACAGGCUUACAAGACAACUUGGAACUGGAGGACUUUGCACAGCAGCGACAGCAAGCUCUCAUCGCUGUGCUACUUGCAAAACCAGCGCAGAUGGCUCAAUGGUUCGCCCGAUCGUUCUUCUCGGGCGACUACAGUUUGACACAACGCAUUGCCAUGCUCACUACACUCGGUCUUGGAGCUCGCGAUCUUGCCGGUUUCAAAGACUCGUCAACCGAAAAUCUUCUCCCUCCCGCUGCUUCCUUCCCCAGCAAACAACUGCCACCACACUUACACAAAAUGUACGCCGAGAACAAAGACCCAAAUCCAGUGGCCAAGAUAUCAAGCAGCAUGGCGCGCGAAAUGCUCUCACCACUCGCCUCACAAGCCGCCGAUCAACUCAGUGGCCCCAACAUCCUCAAAGUUCGAACGUUCAGCUCGCGCAUGGAGGUCGCGAAGAAGAGGCAGAAGCCGAUACCAAAUGCACUUGCACAGAUCGUGGCCGAGAACUUCUUCUUCCCACUCACAGGGCGAUGGUGGCUGCAGGUUCGCUCAAGCAGCGACUCCUUAUACGCGUCUAAGCAUCUACUCCCACCGUUUUUACAAACACUCUCGCUUCUACUGAAUGCAUCUGGCCCAAAUACCCUCGCCCUGCCGCAAAUGACGCGUGAGUAUUGGGAUCUGUUGCUAUCGGUUCGUGGACUGGCUUCAAAAGAUAAGCAAGUUCUUAACGCUUUGCUAUUCGGCUUCCUGAUGGUACUCGAGACGAAUGAAAACAAGGAGAGAAUCGCGACAGAUCAGGGUAAAGAGCUGAUGGAGACGCAAGCUUGGGUGAAGAUGGUGUUUGAGAACUUAGGUACGGGCAGUGAGGAGGAUGAACGAGUACGAGUUCUUGCAGCGGGUGUGGUGGUGAGAUGUCAGGAGGUGGUGGAGAAGUAUCAGAGACGCAUGGCUGGGGCAAUGAUGGACUACUAG